AUUUUCGUCAUUAGACAAAAGUAAACAUAAAAGCAAUUUUCAUAUCAGUGUGGGUCCAAGUUGACAGCAGAUUAUUGAUUUUGUCAGAAAAUCUGUCUUAGUAGUCUUUGGCAAAAGUGCAUAAGAGCUAUAUUAAAAGAUGUUGGUACUGAAGAACGCUGCAUGUGUCACCCUGUUAGUAUUCGUCAUAUUGACUGAAGUCAUGGCAGCUCCAUAUACAAACGAAACGCUACCCGGAAAACCAUUGACUGAUGUGGGGAUAUUUCUCAACAAACCUCAUCUUGUUCUUGCAGGCAAAGUUAUCAAUAAUUUGGCGCGUAAAUUUAGUGACGAUAUCGGUAUUGUGGAUAAAGACUUUGAGUCUCAAAUUGGCAAUGUCACAAAAGAUCUCCGUUCAGAAAUGGCCGAUGUAGCAAAGGAGAUAUGUCGCCUGCAUCCCUGUACAGAAUGGGGUAAAUGGAAUCAUUGUAGUUAUACCUUCGUGAAAGGAUUCGGCUAUUUCGGAAGGCAGAAUCGUACUAGAAACUGUGGAUUUAAUACAACUCUUUGCAAACGGUUUAGUACAGAUCAAAACAUAGAAGUUGAAUUUCGCACUUGUAAUAAAUGCAGAGAAGACUACACUCUAACUGAACACGGAUAUUGCAUAAAAUUUGUGAGCCGUUCAUGUAUUCAAAAAGCAGCUGCUGAAAGUUGUCAGGCGGAUGGAGGGUAUCUUGUCAGUAUAGAUUCUGAGAUCAAGUUUCAAGAUGUGAGCACUUUUGUAAAGGAAAGAAAGAUAAACCAUGGUUUCUGGAUAGAUGGUCGUAGAGCUACAUCAAACAGUAAAUGGGAGUUUACAAGGCAACCAGAGGAUCCCUCUUUCAAUCACUGGUAUCCCGGUAGACCUUCAAACCAACUUUGCUUGCAUUUUACAUACAGUGGAUCAGGAAGUUCCAGAAAAUGUUAUCUAUAUGAUUACGGAUGUAGUUCUUCAAUGACAUUUAUGUGCGAAGUGUUUUCAUAGAAAUAUAUUUUGUUGCAUUUGUAUAAAAUCUAACCAAGAAGGAUAAAUUCAUGUCGAUCUGAUUUUACUUAAAGUAACUAUUCACUUAAACCGAUGCUAAUUUUUGUUUCUGUUAUGCAAUAAUGUAGCCACCACUUAUCUGUUAUAUAUAUUUAUAUGUAUUUAUUCUUAUUCGAUGCAUGUUCUUCUCUUUUAACUGCUUGUUGUUCCACGUGCACACUUUAUAAAGAGAGGAAACGUAACAGUAUUUUGUAGGAGUGUAAUCUGGGAGGUAGUUAUACCAUUUUGGCUGAAUGUAUAGCUUAAUUAUAGAGGUUCACCACAACAAUUGUUUUCUAUCCCAACGCUGACGUUUUCUGGAUGCAAACAAUUUACAUAGACUUUUAUAUAACUCCUCUCAUAAAAAAAAUAUUUUAAUCAAUAUAUGUCUAUUAUUUUUCCUCGCUGAUGGCGUUCGAUGAGAGAAAUGAACUUUUAGUACUGGCACCGUUUAUAUAUUUAGCAAAUGAGUUAUAUUAUGUCUGGUUUGAAGAAUGGAUAAAUUGUUGAAAUUGUAACUUUGGUAAAAUCUUGAUAUAUUUUAAAAACUGAUUGUAAUACAGAAUACAGAUAUCAUA